CCCAUCCAAAUUUUCCAGCCAGCAGCCAGAGCUGACUUCCGCAAUCCUGGUGGAAUAAAUCCAGCACCCCUAGUCAUCCGGCCACAUUAUCCACACUUCUCUGCUGAGACGAGCCCAGAGAACAGAUCCCCAUCAACAGGAUGUGGGGGCUCACGGUUCUUCUACUGCUGCCUGUGGUGAGCUUUGCUCUAUACCCCGAGGAGAUACUGGACACCCAGUGGGAGCUAUGGAAGAAGACCUACAGAAAGCAGUAUAACAGCAAGGUGGAUGAAAUCUCUCGGCGUUUAAUUUGGGAAAAAAACCUGAAGCGUAUUUCCAUCCAUAAUCUUGAGGCCUCGCUUGGUGUCCAUACAUAUGAACUGGCCAUGAAUCACUUGGGGGACAUGACCAGUGAAGAAGUGGUUCAGAAGAUGACUGGACUCAAAGUACCCGCUUCUCGUUCCCGCAGUAAUGACACCCUCUAUACCCCAGACUGGGAAGGCAGAACCCCAGACUCUAUUGAUUAUCGGAAGAAGGGAUACGUUACUCCUGUCAAAAACCAGGGUCAGUGUGGUUCCUGUUGGGCUUUUAGCUCUGUGGGUGCCCUGGAGGGCCAACUCAAGAAGAAAACCGGCAAACUCUUAAAUCUGAGUCCACAGAACCUGGUGGAUUGUGUGUCUGAGAAUGAUGGCUGCGGAGGGGGCUAUAUGACCAAUGCCUUCCAGUAUGUGCAGAAGAACCGGGGCAUUGACUCUGAAGAUGCCUACCCAUAUGUUGGACAGGAUGAAAAUUGUAUGUACAAUCCAACAGGCAAGGCAGCUAAGUGCAGAGGGUACAGAGAGAUCCCUGAAGGAAAUGAAAAAGCCCUGAAGAGGGCUGUAGCCCGAGUGGGACCCAUCUCUGUGGCCAUUGAUGCAAGCCUGACCUCCUUCCAGUUUUACAGAAAAGGUGUGUAUUAUGAUGAAAACUGCAAUAGUGAUAAUCUGAACCACGCGGUUUUGGCAGUGGGAUAUGGGAUCCAGAAGGGGAACAAGCACUGGAUAAUUAAAAACAGCUGGGGAGAAAACUGGGGAAACAAAGGCUAUAUUCUCAUGGCCCGGAAUAAGAACAACGCUUGUGGCAUUGCCAACCUGGCCAGCUUCCCCAAGAUGUGACUUCCACCAGCCAACCCCGUCCUGCUCUUCCAUUCCUUCCACAGUGGUGCAACAUACUUACGUACCUUGAAGGAAACUGGCGUGCCUUUCUUGACACAGAUGUGGUGACACAGAGAUUGUCCGUUCAGUCUCCCUGUUUGUGCUUCAAGUGACACUCCUACUACUUUCUUCUCUUCACCCAAGGUCUUUAUUUUCUCAUUGUUGCCACAGUAGAAUUUCCCUAGUAGGCAUGCACUCUGCCCUGACUGUGUUCUGAGGCUGAUGCUGUAUGGAGGCUAGAGACCCUCAGAUAGGCUAGAUUCUCAUUCACAGGGACUAGUUAGCUUUAACCACUUGAAAGGACUAAGGUGACCUGACUUCUCAGUUUCCACGUUUACUUCUCUAUCUUCCAGGUAGAAAUUCCACCCCAUUAAUAAAUCUAUUCACAAAUCUUUGGUACAAGUUUACAUGAUACAACAAAUGUGUUUUCUUUUUCCUUCUUUGCAUUGUUAAAGUAAAGUGUAUUUAUCGCUAAUCUAUAAUUUAAUAAAUAGCUGUUUAGUAAACCUUCA